AAAUGGGAAGCGAUAUAUCAAAUCAGAUUUCAAGGUACAUAUCCAAAAAGAGAAUGCUGUUCCAGAUCAUUGCCAAAUGUUUGCACUAAGUGAUAGUGAAAAGUGCUUCUCCCAAAGUUGUAACACCCAGCAUACACACAGUUGUGAACAGUGUAUUGACUUGACAGACUUUUUAGCUGAAAUAAGUACUCUAACACAGAAUGGUACAUGGGACAAUAAAGAUUCCAUUGUAUUCCAGGUUGAAAAUGCUGUAGAAGCUAUAAAAGAUUGGAAAAGUCAUGCUAUGAGAGCUAGGAAUCAAGAAGGUGCAAAACAAGAUCUGCUAAAGAAUUUAAAUGAAAAUCAAGCACUAAUCACAUGUGACUGGGCGAUGAAAUUUCUUCCACGCAAAUUUAGAGAAGGUCAGAGUGACUGGUUCGCCAAACGUGGAAUCAACUGGCACAUUUCAGUAACAUUAUACAAACAAGGGGAAGAACUAAAGACAAUUACACAUGUACACAUUUUUUCAUCCCAGAUAUCUCAAGAUGGUUCUGUUACUGCUUCUGUGUUGUGUGAUGUAGUCCAUGACCUGAGAAAACAACUACCAAAUAUACAUGAGGUAAACUUCUUCUCAGAUAAUGCAGGAUGUUAUAAGAACACAAUGAUGAUGGUAGCACUUAAAGAUGAACUAGGAGAUAAGUUGAAAACAUACAAUUUCAGUGAAGCACAGGAUGGCAAAGGUCCAUGUGACCGCAGAGCUUCACAUAUCAAGGCAUGUGUUAGAAGAUACAUUAAUGAGGGACAUGAUGUCACAUCUGCAGAGGAGAUGAAAAAGCCAAGAUGUUAUGCAUAG